GCAUGUUGGAGAAAAACGUGGUGAAAUCAUUAUUGCAGCCAGAGAAGUACGUAAUGAAAAUAGUAAACAAUAUAAGUUUCGUGUGUCUGGUUAUAAUAUUCCCAUUUCAUCUUUCAUCACAAAAGAGAAAACUUAUUAUGAAAUUGUUCGAAUAACAGAAGAAAACGAAUUUCCUGUAUAUCGAAGUAAUUCAAGCAGCUCUAAAAAUCCUGAGUGGGAACCUAUGUUCUUGUCUGAAAAUGACUUAUGGAACACUGUUAAUGAUAGUAAUAAAAUAGGAUUCAAGUGUUUCAGGGAUGGGCGAAAAGAUCCAAAAUUAUUAUGUAAUAAAAUUUGGUCGAUCGAUGAUUUUAUAAAAAAUGCCGGUUCUUUACAAAGAAUUGUUUUUGAAAAACAUGGUGAAAUUCGAUUAUCAUAUAAAAAGGAAAAAACAUUUUUAGAUUAUAUUGAAGGCGGACUUGAAAUACAAUUAAGCAUAGCUGUAGACUUUACAGCAUCGAAUUAUGAUCGUGGAAUAGAUCUUCAUGGAUUACACUCUAAAAAUUCCGAAUAUGAACGUGCUAUGCGUUGUGUAGGUACCAUUUUGGAAAAAUAUGAUUCAGAUGAUCAUAUCCCUGUAUACGGGUUUGGUGGGAGAUUUUAUGGAAGUGCUACAGCAUCUCAUAAUUUUCUAUUAACAAGUGAUAGAUCUUCCCAUGCCACAGGAAUUUCCAGAGCUAUUGAUAUUUAUAAACAUAGUUUGAAGAAUGUUAAUUUAUCAGGCCCUACAAAUUUCUCCCCAAUCAUACGAACAAUUUAUAAUAAUUUAAAAGAAUUAGGUUCGAUGAAGAAAAUUGUGUACGUCAUCCUUCUUAUUAUUACCGAUGGCAUAAUUUCAGAUCUAGACAAUACAAUAGAAGCUAUUAUGGAUGCUACUAUUUAUCCCCUUUCAAUCGUAAUUGUAGGAGUAGGAAAUUCAAAUUUUAGUAAUAUGAAAUUAUUGGAUGAUCAACUAUUAAAGCGUAAAUGGGAUAGUAACUUGCAUCCUCGAGAUAUUGUUCAUUUUGUCAGGAUGAAUGACUUUGUCCAGGAUAAUAUUAACAUAGAUCUGCCUAAGGCUGUAUUAAAAGAAAUUCCAGGUCAAAUCAUAGAAUAUAUGACGAUCAAUAAUAUUAAACCCGAAAGUUUGAAAAAACCAGACUUAUAUAAUGAAUUAUUCGCUUCAUCACCACCGCCAUACACAGAAAAUAAUUCUCAAUAA